CCCCUUGCUCCAAAGGCUGGACUUAUUUUGGGAACUCCUGCUAUUUCUACUCCAAGAUGGCGAGUUCCUGGGAGAACGCCCAGCGCUUCUGCUCGGCCCUGGGCACGCAGCUCCUGGAGGUGGACAACCCCGAGGAGAAGGAUCACGUCCGGACCAUGCUGCAAAGCUCCUCCUGGCUCGGCAUCAGGGAUGAAGAGGUCGAGGGUACCUGGAAGCGAGCGAACGGGACUAUCCUACCCCGGGAAAGCAGCUCGUGGCACAGGAACGAGCCCAACGGCGGGCACCAGGAGAACUGCGCGGCGGUGAGGGAGGACGGCGAGUGGUACGACUACUCCUGCACGAGUCAGCUCCCCUGGGUGUGCGAGGGACACCCCUGAGGGUGCGAGGGACACCCCUGAGCGUGCAAGGGACACCCCAAGAGCUCCUCCACCCCAGCACCCGCCACCCCCUCAGAGGGCUCCCCCCGGCCCCUCUCCGCUUGCCACAUCUGACCUGCAGCACUCCAGGAUGCAGCCCCGACCUCCAGCAUAUCCAUUUGGGGUCCAUGGAUGGAUCUCCGGGGAAAAUUCGGGGUACGGGGUG